GCAAAGGGGUUCGGUUCAUAGCUUGCCAAACAAUAAGCAAAAAGCUCCAAGAAAGCUGCGAGAGACGGCAACAAUGGCAGUCUCCUCCAAUCUCACAAGCUUCAAAUCCGUUUCUCUGAAUUCCUCUCGCAUUCUUUCCUCUACUAACUGCUCCUACAUUUGCUCCAUUCCUCUGACCAACAACAGAAGCACCUCCAGCAUCAUAAGCACUUGUUCCAGGAUCAAUGUCAGGAGACCCAUGUCGGUCAAGUCUAUGUCUUCCUCCUCGUUCGGUUCUCGUCUUGAAGAGAGCGUCAAGAAGACUGUGGAGGACAAUCCAGUUGUGGUCUAUUCCAAAACUUGGUGUUCGUACUCCUUGGAGGUGAAAUCCUUGUUCAAAAGGCUUGGUGUGGAGCCAACGGUGAUUGAAUUGGAUGAACUAGGUGCCCAAGGACCACAGGUGCAGAAGGUGUUGGAGAGGCUUACAGGGCAACACACUGUCCCGAAUGUUUUUAUUGGGGGGAAACACAUUGGAGGUUGUACAGAUACUGUGAAGCUACACCGAAAAGGCGAACUAGAACCUUUGCUGGCAGAAGCAAAAUCUAAAAAUACACAAACAUAGGCCGAAUAGAGCAUGUUUUUAAUUUUUUAUUAAAAGAAUCUGAUCUCCCUGCCGCUGUGAUCUGAAAGAAAGAUGCCCCCUUUCUAUCUCCACAAGUUCCAACAAUUUCCAGAUUAUAUACGGCGAACCUUUGCUCAUUUAUUUUCACAAAAUCUUGUCAUGCAUU